UCGGCGCCCCCGGCUGCUACUCGCGCCCGGCCCGGGAGCCAGAUUUUGUGGGAGUCUAAUCCUUUGUCAUUAUGAGAUGUCGUCUCUCGGUGCCUCCUUUGUGCAAAUUAAAUUUGAUGACUUGCAGUUUUUUGAAAACUGCGGUGGAGGAAGUUUUGGGAGUGUAUAUCGAGCCAGAUGGAUAUCCCAGGACAAGGAGGUGGCUGUGAAGAAGCUGCUCAAAAUAGAGAAAGAGGCAGAAAUACUCAGUGUCCUCAGUCACAGAAACAUCAUCCAGUUUUAUGGAGUAAUUCUCGAACCUCCCAACUAUGGGAUCGUCACAGAAUAUGCUUCUCUGGGAUCACUCUAUGAUUACAUUAAUAGUAACAGAAGUGAAGAGAUGGACAUGGAUCACAUUAUGACCUGGGCCACUGAUGUAGCCAAAGGAAUGCACUAUUUACAUAUGGAGGCUCCUGUCAAGGUGAUUCACAGAGAUCUCAAGUCAAGAAAUGUUGUUAUAGCUGCUGAUGGGGUUUUGAAGAUAUGUGAUUUUGGUGCCUCUCGGUUCCAUAACCAUACAACACACAUGUCCUUGGUUGGAACUUUCCCAUGGAUGGCCCCGGAAGUUAUACAAAGUCUCCCUGUGUCUGAAACUUGUGACACAUAUUCCUAUGGUGUGGUUCUCUGGGAGAUGCUAACAAGGGAGGUCCCCUUUAAAGGUUUGGAAGGAUUACAAGUAGCUUGGCUUGUAGUGGAAAAAAACGAGAGAUUAACCAUUCCAAGCAGCUGCCCCAGGAGUUUUGCUGAGCUGUUACGUCAGUGUUGGGAAGCUGAUGCCAAGAAACGGCCAUCUUUUAAGCAAAUCAUUUCGAUUCUGGAGUCCAUGUCAAAUGACACGAACCUUCCCGACCAGUGUAACUCAUUCCUGCACAACAAGGCAGAGUGGAGGUGCGAAAUUGAGGCAACUCUCGAGAGGCUGAAGAAACUCGAACGGGACCUCAGCUGUAAAGAGCAGGAGCUCAAAGAACGGGAAAGACGUCUGAGGAUGUGGGAGCAAAAGCUGACAGAGCAGUCCAACACCCCGCUUCUCUUGCCUCUUGCUGCAAGAAUGUCUGAGGAGUCUUACUUUGAAUCUAAGACAGAGGAGUCAAACAGUGCAGAGAUGUCAUGUCAGAUCACAGCAGCAAGUAACGGGGAGGGCCAUGGCAUGAACCAAAGUCUGCAGGCCAUGAUGCUGAUGGGCUUUGGGGAUAUCUUCUCAAUGAACAAAGCAGGAGCUGUGCUGCAUUCUGGGAUGCAGAUAAACAUGCAAGCCAAGCAGAAUUCUUCCAAAACCACAUCUAAGAGAAGGGGGAAGAAGGUCAACAUGGCCCUGGGGUUCAGUGAUUUUGACUUGUCAGAAGGUGACGAUGAUGAUGAUGAUGACGGUGAUGAGGAGGAUAAUGACAUGGAUAAUAAUAGUGAAUGAAAGCAGAAAGCAAAAUAAUAAAAUGGAAAAUGUGUGGAAAAACGGAAGAAACUUGCUAUCUCAGUCUGUACAAAAACCAGUAAGGAAGUAGAAAACUGAGCACUGAAUUUUUAGGCCAAUCACAUUUCUAUGACAGUCAUUUCUUGAAUGAUUUUACUUUUUUUUUUCCCUGCUUACAGAAAAAUGGGGGGUUAGUGGGGGGAAUUAAGGCAGAAGGGUAUAUUUAAUGAGUCAGCAAAUAUGGUGCCUGAUUAUAGAAAUCUGUGAUUCUAUUACAAUAUAGUAGUUUUAACUAAUUACAUUGUGGCUUUCUUUUUUUUUUAAACAAAUACUUUAAUGUUUGUAUUUGAUUUGAUUUCAUUUAUUUAAUUGCUUAAGAAGACUUACAUUUUGAAAAAGCACUCUUACCUCCUAAUUCUUCUCUGACACUGAUUUUCCUGUAACACACUACAUUUUUUUUUCUUAUGGUAUUACACUGCACUGUCAGAAAUAAUUGAUAGUGACAACAAAAUCUAACAAUAAAAAAACUGAGAUGAAAGAAGACUAUAACAAAUACUUCUUCAGAAAUACCGAAACGCCACAAAUUUUCAAUACUUAAUGGCACAACUACUCACAGUAAAACCUGAGAGAUGUUCUCAGUAAUACACUGGAAGAAGAAAUACUCUCAUUUGAAGCCAACAGCAGAUGUUGCAGGCUUUCAUACCAGUGCUAGCCCUGGAAGCUUCUGAACAACACUGUUAUCUGAGGCUUAGUUUCUAAAAGGAGAAAGAGAUGGUCUUAAAGGGCUGCUUGCAAGCUGAUAUCAAGUGGGGACACAGACCCGCUCUGCACCCCCAGUGGGAAAGGAGCAUCCUGGGUUCUAGAUAUAUGUAGAGAGGUUUUAAAGAGGGAACUAAAGAUUAUGAAAGGAAUGGCAAGGAUAAGUUAUACUUACUGAGACAGAAGUAUAGGAUGAAGGGUCCUUUUUAUAUCAAAUCCAGCCUUCCAGAGUGGUCUUUUUUUUCCCUUUGACCCUGACUCAGCCAUGCCACUGUUAAACAGAAGUAAAUGUAGGUGUCUCUCCGAAAACCUAGUUCGCCAGAGUAAUAUUCUCAGAAUGUUAUAUUUGUCAAAGCUUGUUUAAACUAUAAAACACUGAUUAAAAAAAAAAACUACAACACACACACACACACACACACACAGAAAGGCCAAGGCACAAAAACUUUUUUUCAGCCUGUAUUGGAAAGAAGUGCCAUUCAUUUGACUAUUACACUAAAAUACUUCUGAUGAUUCUUUUUAUGGGAAAUUUAAGAAAGGAUAUCAUCACAGAUAUUAUCUAAUACUAUUUCCAAGUAUAUUCAGUCAUAAAAAGCUUCUCAAAAUUUGAAACAUGACAUGCUUCUAAUCCCUAUUAACAGCUGAAAAAUAUCACAGAAUGAUCAGUACGCUGUGCCAGCUUUAUUUGGAGAAAAAUAACCAUUAAAAUGUUCUGGGUGUGAAAUGUAGCAUAGCCUAUAUACCAGAGUGAUAAAGAGAAGAAUCUGGAGUCAAGUUAGGAUUCAAAAUGGCUGUGCAAUCUGUUAAAAAUUAUUUAACCUCUGUGUGUCUGCUCAUUUUUGACAUGGGAAUAAUAACAGGACCCACUUCAAAGGACUGUUGUGAGGAUUAAGUGAAAUAAUGUAUGUAACACAGUGUGUGUGUUUUAUGAACACAGUACCAGGCCCAUGGCAAGUGGUCAGUCAGUGUUAGCCAGUGAAAAGUUACUAAAAAAAAAGUAGUUACAGUAACCUGGAGAACUAAACUAUCAAUCUCAAGUCAUGCUUGUUGAGUCGCAGGAAAUGGAAGUUAAAGUGAACGGCUUGCAGGAAAGGUAGAAGAGAACAUUCCUAGAAUAUGAACCAUAUAAACAAAUUUAAUCUGUUGCUCUUUGAAGACUAUGCAGCUGAGGCCCUGCCACCACCCACAGACUAGGUAAAAACAACGGAUAGGCAGACCUUUCCCCUAGAAGAUGGGUUCCCUAGGAGCCGACGUGAGCUGGUGCUGGCGGCACCCAGGCAGGAACACGUACAGGCAUCCUGUCUGUGCUCAGCAGAGCCGUGCUCCCUCCCUCAAGCUGAGCCCCUCAAGCAGAACCUUGGGAGCAGGGCAGAGGGCUGGUUUUCAACUCUUGACUUCGGGGCACAUCCGAAUCACUGUGGUCCAGCAACCUGAAGGAGAGAGCCAAAGAGGAAGCAGUUUAAAAGCCUCUUGCCCAUCUUUUGGGGUAAAGAGAAAGUCAUCCGUUCCACGGAUACUCACUGAGGCCCCCGUCUGUGCCAGGUCCUGCUCCAGGGCGCAGCAAGGGGGCCAUGCUUGCGCCACAGGACAUCCAUGUCCGCAGAGCCUGACAUCAACAAAACAAAUGCCUUACUAGUAUGUAAACGGUUGACAAGUGCAUGCUGAAAAGGGGAGCGGGGAAAGAGGAUGGCACAUGGGGGAGUGCCGCGGAGUGGACAGUGUGGGCAGAGAAGGCUGCACUGAUAAGGGGAUCUCUGCGAAUUUUGGGAUCUGUGCACUUUACGUAAGAAUGUAAAUCUUGUCUCUCAGUUAAGAAUCAUCGUCAACAAAAUUAGAACAUAUAAAUAGAAGGAAACUGACAUUUUUCUUCAUUUACAUAUAAGCCUAUUAUAAUUACACAUAAAAUUUUGGUGCCUUCAUGAAAGUAGCUAAUUAGGGCAAAAGAGAAAGGUAAUAGGACUCUAUACUCAGACCAAGGUUUUACCGUUAAUGAGGUAAUAGUUCCCAAUCUCUCAAGUGCUGUCACUUUCCUCACCAGUAUCCCCAGGAUGACUGUAGCUCAGUACUCUACCAAAAAGAAACCUCAGGGGUUUAGGAUACAGCAGAAUUGAAAGCUUCAGUGAGAAACUUAAAACUGUUCUCCACUUGGAAUUCUACUGUAAUUACCACGUGGCAUUAUUUUACUCUCUUGUUCCAAAUCAGUGUCUUUCUGCGGGUUUGAACAUCCCUAAAAUCUGAAUCGUAUAACCAAAAUUUUAAAGUGGUCUCACUCUAUCUGUAAAGAUGAUUUAGAAGAUCUUUAGACUCUAUUAUUAGUUUUAUCACUUCUUAAAAGAACUGUUUAUUACAUAGAAUUUCUAAAGAUGAUGUUAAUUGUGCUGCCUCUAAUUCACUUUCCAGAUCAGUUUUUGAAAUGGCAAUUUCUUGCUGCUGGAUGUAUUUCCAAUUACCUGACUUACAAGAAUGUACAUUUAUAAAGAGAAUAAUUAAAGAAACCCUAAGAAAUUGAGAGAUUCAAAAUGAUAAUUGAAACUCUGGUGAUAUCGUCAGAGUCAUACAACUGAGAAUAUAACUAGUCUUUUUUUCUGUAUUCAGAAAGCCGAUCAUACAGAAUAUGAGAACACCCUACCAGCCACUUUCAUCUGGGGCCCCUAAUGGUGUUCGCAAGUGCUGGGGCAGAGUUUGGGUCCUCACCGGAACCAGGGGUGCGGUUGAGUGCCCAGCAGCCCUGGGCAGCUCCACCCAGUGAAGGACUCCACCCACAGUACCAACAGCAGUGCCCCUCCCCCCACGGAGAAACUUGCUAACCCUGACAGUUUCAGAGUUCUCCCAACUCACCCCCCCCACCCUGCCCCUAAACAAACUUGCUCGACUCAAAAGACACAGUUUCAAAAUGACAGCUACUGUACAAUCUGAAUUGUAUAGGUUGGUGACAUUUAUCUUAAAUCCCCACUUGUGGAAAAAUGGUUUCUUUCCCCUGAUGGAAACUUCAUAAAACCCCAAAAUGUACCUGGGGGAGGGGCUCACUCUCCUCUAUCACACUAAUCCAAAAUAAAUAAAACAGAAACACAUCCCUGAGGAAGCUUCGGUCCUGCAGAGCAGUCAGGUUAAUUUAAAAGGGCCUUCUGUUGAAGGAAAAUCACAUUUUAAUAUUUUAUACUUAACCCAGGGGAAGGGGUUGAAGGCACAGAGUACGCUUGUUUGGGAUGCUCUGGAAAGGCUGAGGGCCAGCGUUCAGCCAGUGAUUUCUAACAGGCAGCAGAUUUGUUAGACCUAAGCAACAGCUGAGCUAUUCAAAACGGAUCCCCAUUAAAGUCAAGGAAUCGGAGGCGAGAUGCGGCAGAGAGCCGGCGGUGUGACUUCUCUGGGACAUACGGAACUUUAGUCCUCCGCGCGCUCUCUGGAGUAGGGAGCGUUUCGUACAAGCUCAUUAGAAAAGCUAUUCGGAGUUCAACAUUGAUACUUUUUUGGGUUUUUGCUAACACUAGACUCGUUGUGGGCCUGUUAACAACCAGCAGUGUCUCACCACACCACGUUCGUAAUAGGGCAUCAUUUUUCUAUAAUCAGGCACCUUUUGUGGCUUUGGAGUCAGGCUGUUUUCCUGUUCUGGCUUUAAGCCUGGCCAGAGAGAAGAAUCUGGUCCGUUCUCUAGAUUGUGGCAUAGCCUGCAAACAGUAGCAUUUCUGCCAUGGAAAACGAGUGUACACCAGGGAAGCCGAGGGCUAGUGGGGGUUCCCCUCGGACUCUGCCGAAUUGCAUUAUGUGGCCUGAGGAGGG